GUCGACGUCGGACGAUAGGAAAUUUUAACAUGCAUGACACAUGAUGUCGUUUCGUGCGCUGACUGUGAGGUCCCGUCGCCUCACCACAGAUAUGUCUCUUCAAUACGCUAUUGAAAAGCAAGUCGCCCUCGCCGCAGUCCGCCGCGCAUGCGCACUUACCUCUGCGGUUUUCAACAAACUCGUCAAGCAGGAGACCCUUACGAAAGAUGACAAAUCCCCUGUAACAGUCGCCGAUUACUCUGCUCAGGCAGUCGUGAACACUAUACUUGGUCAUGCCUUUCCCACCGAUCCCAUCGUUGGAGAAGAAGAUGCGAACGAUUUGCGUCGGGAAGAAGCAGACAAACUCAGGAACAGGAUAGUCGAACUCGCUAACGAAGCCCUCACUGCUGACUUAGGCAUCGGUGACAUCGCUGAGUGGGGCAUUGGUCCUGGCCAAGAACGAACGCUGGAGGAGCUCCUUGAUGCCAUUGACCGUGGGAAUGACCAAGGCGGUCGUGUCGGACGUAGAUGGACCCUCGAUCCCAUUGAUGGAACGAAGGGAUUUUUACGUGGUGGUCAAUAUGCCGUAUGCCUCGCAUUGAUAGUUGAUGGCGACGUUAAACUCGGCAUUAUCGGCUGCCCAAACCUUCCCGUGAAGAGUGAAGAACCAGAAGGUCAGAAGGGCUGCAUCUUUGCAGCUGUCAAGGGUCAGGGGGUUGAGCAGAUGACCAUAAGCGGGGCAAAUCCUACACCAAUCGUCAUACCUCCCGUGGCACCGGGGAUGCUUAACCUCUUAGAGUCCGUUGAAGCUGCACAUGCUGACCUGUCUUUCAACGAGCGAGUAUCGGAACUCCUAGGUAUCACUCGACCACCUACACAGAUGGACAGUCAAGCCAAGUAUGGUUGUUUGGUGCGUGGGGACGGAGGUGUGUACUUGCGAAUGCCGACCAAAGCAGGGUACCGAGAGAAGAUUUGGGACCACGCAUCGGGGUCACUGCUUGUUCAAGAAGCCGGAGGGCUUAUUACUAAUUCGCUUGGACAGCCUCUUGACUUUGGCCUUGGUAGGACUCUGGGAGCGAACUAUGGGAUUGUAGCUGCAGGGAAAGACGUUCAUGCACUGGUACUUGCUGCUGUCCAGAAGGCACGAGCCGAGGAAUUGGAGAAAGCAAAAGCUUGAUGAAAGAGGCGUCUUUCAAUUCGACGAAAUUAUCAUUGCAGUACGCCAGACAAGAAUGUAUAGACUACUAGUUGUAUUUUCCUCGCACAUUUAGGGGAAAGCGGUUGU